AUCAACGCGGGACUUGCGAGCACACGUGCACGUCCGACGCGCGUUGUGUUCGGUUGUCAAACUUCGUCGAAGCUGGGACGUGCCGUCAGAAAGGCCAGCAGAUGGCAGCCGUCGUCAAGGAGCCCAUUUACCGCCCAGCCCCAUCCAUCAGCAGCAAGCAAGGUAGUUGUCGUCAUCGAUCAUCCUUGCGCAAUGGCUACGGGUACGACGAGCGGUGGCAGCGUCGCCAACGCUGCAGCGCGCUACCCGCGCAUUGAGUUCACGCAGGACGUCUACGAAAAGCACUUGGCCAACAUGGAGCGCAUCAUGGGGCUCGCGCUGCGCGGCCACGUCGGCUGGGACCGGUCGUCCGCAACGCCCACGAACGGCUGGGACGCCGUCACCGACAAGUUGGGCUGGCAGCUCUUUGAGCACAAGCCGCGCGACCGGCCGACGUCGUUCGAGAUGCACGAAUACCUCGCCGUCGGGAGCCUCAAGACGUCGAUAUCGGCGCUGCAAGAGGCCUUUUACGUCAAGAACACGCACGACCUCCGCGCGCUCUCCGGUGUGCUCUACGAAGACGCGCUCCUCGACGCUGCAUUGCUCAACCUCACGCACCGCCGGACACCCGAGGACCCAGGUCAGUUUUUCGGAGUCAAGUACCUCAAGCUCGCGGUGCAGGUCGCCAACCAAGAAGACAUGGACCAAGAGUACAUCUACCUCGAGUUUGCCGGCACACGUCUCGAUGCCCAAGGCCGUGUGACGUACGUGGUCAUCACGGACCCGGUCGCUGUCCGGCCGCUCGAGCACAGCCGGUCGUCCUUGACGUUUGGCGAGCGCUGCUCGACCGUCAAGCUCUCCCGCGAGAGCACGAACGGAACCGUCGACGUGGUCGUGCGGGCCAAGUUGCAGUCGUCGCGCGGUCCCCCCGCGGCAAGUCGCAGCCAAAGCCAAAUGGCAGGACAUUAUGGCGUCAACAACGCGGCCCAGCAGUGCACGGCAGCGCACCUUGUCUACUGGAAGGCGAUGGGCGUCUUUGUGCCCGGCGGUCUCGUCAAGGACCUCACGAGGCUCCCAAAGGAAACAAGCGCGCCCGAAGCCCGACGACUGACCACAGGACCUUUUUCUCUCAGUUGGAACCACGCAAGCAAGUCGUGCGUCGUGUGCAGCAAAGGCUUCAACCUGCUACGGCGAAAGCACCACUGUCGGCGGUGCGGCGAGGCGGUGUGCAAGGGCUGCACCGUCGCGCUCUACUGUGUCGACCGACCGACCAAAUCGGCGAGCUCGAGCGCGCUCGCCAGAGAGAAAUUCUGCAAAACGUGUUUUGUCGCGGCCAAGAUCGACGCCAGUCGGCCGACGCCGCCCAAGCCCGAGCGUUCGACGACACAAACGACGCACACCAUCGUGCUCGACCAUGACGACGCGAGCUCUGGCUCUGGCUCACUCCCGUACCGCGAUGUCGUGCAUGUCCACAGCCCCGGUCGCGACGAGCGUGGCAAAUUGUUCUUCUACGCCGACACGUCGUCGUCGCAGAGCGAGUCCCGACCCAACUCGCUGCACUCGGACCCACUGCGCACGAGUUUCCAUACGAUGGUGCUUCACGAUGGGUCGGCGCCACCGCCGCUGCAGCGGUCGGGCUCGAUCGAGUCGAAUGCGAGCGUCUCGUCGUCCGUGUUUGACAUGAUGAACGCGGCGCGCAUGCCGCGUGGCCGACCGCCGGCAGCCUUCCACCAGCUUCCGCGACCAGACAUAGCGGACGAUAAGGACGAUGACGAUGACGAUGACAACGAGUGUGGCAACCAAGGCCACACUGUGCUCCGACAUUUGUACUAAGAUUGGGUUUCUUAUUGUGGUCUUGCUUGACAUACAUAUAUCAAGUGUAUGACGUGGC